AUGUUUGCUGCCCAAAGAACCUGGGAUCCUGCUUCUAUCCAAACAUUUAAUGCGAGACGAGACGAUAGACGCGCCAAGAAUGGACAGCAACCUUUCUCUUCUCUGUCGUCGAACGAAAGAAAACCUGCCUCUGCAGCGGAUAAAGACGCGCUGAAAAACGAGCUUUGGAAUAGAAUGACUUUGCAGACCACACCACUGGAAAAAUUUCCGAUGCAGCAAGCGAUUGCUCCUUGCAAGGGAGUCAUGAUAUGUCCCGGAACAAUUCGGUCCUCCGGCCAUAGUCGUAUACCAAUUACUAAGCUUCCAUUUGAGAAAGGUCAAGACCUAUUCAUCACAGCCUACUACCACUAUUCCAAGCUCGCUAGUGAAGAUGACCGCACCGCGAAGAAUUAUGUCUCCAAUGACGGGAUAUCACCUCGGCGUCAUGAAUACCUUGGUCCCGAGCCUCGUAUGUCAGGUUUUUACCUAGAGGGAGAUGAAGUUCGAAUUCUGUUCUAUGACUCAAAUCUCAAACUUCCAUGGACAGCACAUGGCACAUGGUCUUUGGGGAUGGAGUUUGACGAAACAGUCGAGGCUUUCGUUCCAAUCAUUCAGAUGAAUGUCUCUUGA